AAUGGGACUGCGUCAUGUACCGGGACAAUGUCAACAUAUGGAGCCAAUUAGCAAAUGACCUCCUUUGUCCUCCACUGGAUGUCCAAGAUUUCGGGACCCCUUCGCCUUCUAGAACUCUCCUUCCCCAUCUCUCAAGUCCCAAUCUAAGAAAAAUUCACCUGUUCUCUUUUUUUUUUUUUUUUUUGGCUAGAUACCUGUUCUUUUUCUGUCAUACAAAUCAGCACCCAUACCACAGCUGUUUGACCGUUUCACUUCGCUUUCAAAUCCAACGCCGCCUGCAAUUUCUUAAAACAGCAAAUCCGCCAGCUCUUCUGGAGCCCUCUGCCAUGUUCUUUGAAUCUGCCACCCCCUGUUCCAUGUCUCUCUGUCUCUCUCUCUUCUGACAUUCCUCCAAACCAAGCCUCAGGAAACGAAGAAAGAAAGAAAGAAACCUCUCCUCUCUGAUUUCCUUUCCUCAUCACCGACCAAUCUUAGAGGACUGACCUAUAACCCAUGAUUUGCCUCACAAAACCCACCCCAAAUCCCCAACCCUUCUCCACCCUCCCUGCCACCACCCAAAAACUCAAUUCCUCACCGCCACCCUUAUUCAUCUCCAGCUCCUCACAGAACGACCAAGCAGGAGGAGGGCCCUCCAUGCCAAGAAGGCUUACAUCCUAAAACCCCUUCGAAACCCCGCCCAGGGGCCUGCCCCCAAGCUUCCCUCGCUCCCAAGGAAGGCCGCAGGGGAUGGGUUUGGCCUCGCGGCAUCGGUAGCGGCCAUGCGGGGAGGCAGAUGUGGGCGCUGUGUGGGUUCGGCUACUGGGUGCAGGGGUUCAGGUGCUUCCCCUGGCUGGCCCUCAACUUCCACCUGGCCCAUGGACUUGGUUUCAGCCCUUCCACGCUUCAGUUGGUCCAGAACACCGGCAACCUCCCCAUGGUGGCCAAGCCCCUGCUUGGAGUCCUCUCUGAUGCUGUCUGCAUUGGGGGUGCUCACAGGCUCCCUUACAUCUCCAUUGGAGCCUUUUUACAGCUACUGUCUUGGGGGACACUUGCAGUAAUCCCAGUUACCGGUGAAAGAUUUCCCACAUUAAUGGCAUGCAUUUUAGUUAGCAACCUUGGAGCAUCCUUCGCAGAAGUUGUGAGUGAUGCUCUCGUUGCUGAGUUCAGCAGAACACAGAAAGCAGGUGAGCUCCAGUCCUAUGCAUUCAUGGCUUUAGCAGCAGGAGCACUCUUAGGCAACUUGUCUGGUGCGUUUGUCAUCCUAAAAUCUCAAGAGCCAAAGGUCAUGUUUUUCACUUUUGCUCUCCUACUGGCCAUCCACCUUUCCCUUUCCCUAAGCACAAAGGAGACAUCCCUUUGUUUCCUUCCAUACUCAAAUCAUCAUCUUGUUCAGAAUUCAUUAGCUGAAAAUUUCAUCAAACAGUUCUGUGACCUGACUACAGCAAUUAAUGAGGAAAGGAUCUUUUAUCCUCUUUUGUGGAUUGUAGCUUCUAUCGCAGUUGUUCCUGUUCUUUCAGGAUCUAUGUUUUGUUUCCAGACACAAUGUCUGAAGCUCGACCCUUCAGUUAUUGGUUUGUCAAAAGUUAUCGGGCAGCUGAUGGUUCUUUCUGCAACUAUGUUCUAUAACCGUUUCUUGAAAAGAAUCCCGAUGAGGAGACUGAUAUUUGGAGUGCAGAUACUUUAUGCUCUCUCCCUUUUGUCCGACUUAUUUCUAGUGAAACAAAUCAAUCUUAAGUUGGGGAUUUCAAAUGAAGUUUACGUGCUGUGUUUGUCGGCAUUGGCGGAGGCUAUUGCUCAGUUUAAGAUCCUUCCUUUCACUGCUCUCUUUUCGAGUUUAUGCCCAUAUGGGUGUGAAGGUUCACUCUUUGCCUUCUUUGCUUCAUCUCUGUGCUUAUCAUCUAUACUAAGUGGUAUGUUUGGUGUUGGACUGGUUUCAUUGAUUGGGGUGUCUUCUGGGGACUACUCAAGCUUGUCUUCAGGAAUCAUACUACAGUUUAUAGCUGCAUUGGUUCCUUUGGGGUGGAUAUCUUAUGUACCUGUCGCACGGAGGAGAUGAAGAAAGGUAAGAGAAGAUCAAGGGCAUGGUGAUAUGGUCGUUGCCUUGCACAAUUGUAAGAAGUAAAACAUAAGUUUUUGCGACCCAAAAAAUUAUUUUGAGGGGCUUUUUAGCUCCUCUUUUUCAUUGCUGCACUGAUAACUGGGACCCUUCAGCCUGAGUCCAUUGGGUUGCAUGUCCCAAGCAAUGUGUGGCAACGGUAUGAUCUUUUUGUCAUAUUGAAUGUAAAUUCUUUUUCCAUGGGCACAUAAAAAUGUAGGCAAUGAAGUGCGCACUUUUAUGAUGAAUAUCAGUAAAACGAUUUUGCCAUA